AUAAUUCUCCUAAAAUUAGGAGAUCACACUUUGCUAUGUUAAUCAAAAAUAAUGUUUUCUUUAUGUAUAGCGGAACAUAGUAAAAAAUAUAUAAUCUUUUGCAGAAAUUUCGUAUGAAGCUAUAUAAUUUGAAUAUUAAUGAUAUAAAUAAGAAGAAAACACAUACGCAUUAAAAAAGGAGAAAGCACAUACGUACAUUACAAAACUGCGGAAAACAAGAUAGCAGUCGUAUAUACUUGGAAAGUGUAUUAAUUGCUAAUUAUUAAGUAUUGAUUUUUUUAAAUGGGGACGUAGUAUAUCAAGGGGGAGGCUGUUCGUUCGCAAGUACCUGGAACUAUUUUUCACUGCGACAAAAACAUCUACAUUCAUCCCUUCUACCAUGAGGCGUAGUAAUACAUGCUCAGAAAAAUGGCGGGAAAGUUUGGAAAAAUUGUCAUUAAAUUUGUCGAUGUGGCGCAACUUCUAAGAAAUAUAUCGAUCGAGAUCUAUUUCUAGUGAGAUAAAUUCACGAUUCUAUAAAAGCGGAUAGUAUAAAACAACUCCGAUGAAUCAUUGACGAAGAAAAUAAAAAAUACGAACGAAUGAGUCAAAGAAGAUGGCGGACCAAUUAAGAGUACCGCGUUGAUACAUUUUAUUCUUUAUUUCUAGCAAAGGGUAGUAUUUUAGAAAUACGAAUUCAUGGAUCCACGUGAAAUCUUUAAUUCCUGCCUAAAUAACGAUCGAAUGGUAAUAAAAUACAUUAUAAUAUCCUAAUAACAAAUAUCGUUUAAUACGACCGGAAUCCAUAAAUAAAACAAUUGGUUAUAUACAUAUGUUUUUCAAAUCGACGAAUGCUAUUAUAUAUUUUGUAUUGAGCACUCGUUUCGGGAGAGACGCCGACGCCCGGCGCCGACGUCGUUUUUAAAGCGUCAACGUUGUGCUGGAGUAAUCUCACCCAAUCCGGGAGACUCAUAAGUAAAAAAAAUCGUUAGAAUAAUCAACCCUCUCAGACACGCUGGCACGUCGUAAAGAUGCAUUGCUGAAAGUUUUAUAUCGGACGUUUCCGACGUUUUUCCAUCACGGUGCUAAGAUAACGAAAGGGAGGGAAAAUAAGCAAUAAGCAAUGAAUUUAACAUUGUGAAACGGGACCGCGUGAAUCAUUUAACAUAAAUCAUUUUUAAAUCGUGCUUGUACAUAUAAAUUAGUGAGAAAAAAAAAUAUUUCCUUAGCGUGGUGAUAUCUCGUCAUAUUUUUUUUUCUUUCUUUUUGAAAUGGGUACGGCGAGUCGCGAUUUCGAGCGCGAUCGGGAGGACGAGAUCCACUGCCGAAUUUGUGCUAGUGACAUACCAAGAAACGACGGGGUCCACAUUUUCGCUGAGGAUGGUAGACGGCACUACCUGCAGACCAAAAUACGAAAAUAUCUCUACAUCUUGGUGUCCUCUGAAGAUAAAUUAUCAAAAAUGGUAUGUGUUACAUGCAUUAAAAGAUUAGAAAGUAUUCACCGCUUUGCUAUGAUGGCAUAUAGAACGCAGGAGAAGUUAAAAUCUCAGUUAUAUAGUAAUAGUGAUGAUACAAAUACACAGGAUGUAGAAAGAGAAAGUGUUAAAGAUAUGCAAAACACAAGGAGGAUAGAAGACCGGGGAUUAUUACAUACAAUAUUAACAAAAGGGGCAAUAGAAAUUUUGGCUGAAGGCGAACCACUGGGACCAUCAGAAUUAAUGUCACAAGAAGAUAAAUGUCAUACUCCAAGUAUGGAAGAAAUGGAAGUCAAGGUAGACCCAAUGUUAUUUUUACAGUAUGGUAUGGAGAAUUCAGCAUCAGAAACUUCAGAAGUAUCUGAUACAGAAGAAAUAAUAACAAAAACAAACUCCCCAGAACCAUUACCAUUAACAAAUAAAAUUGAUGAAAUAAAAAAGGAAAUAAAAGAAGAGAGCAAUGAUAAAUUACAAGAAGAUACUGAAGAACUUAUUUCUAAUGUAUCAACUAAACCUCAUGAAUGUACAAUAUGUGCUCGAUCCUUUAUAUCUCAAAUUGGUUUACAAAAUCAUUUAUGGUCUCAUUUGCCUAAAGAUAAACGACUUGAUGGGAAGCCUAUUUUAAGAUCCCAACAAGUUUAUUCUACUAAUGGUGUACUUCAUAUGAAUACCGAUAAUAAUUCAUCAAGCAAUUUUAUCUGUCCAAUUUGUAGUAAAAAAAUUUCUACUAAAGGAAAUCUAAAAGUACAUUUGGAAACUCAUCGGCCUAAGGGAAAAUAUGGUUGUGACAUAUGUGGUAGAAUCUUUAAAACACAGUCAAAUUUAUUUAGACACAAGGAGUACCAUGGUGGAAUACAAUUUCCAUGCAAUGUAUGUGGGAGAGUUUAUCCAACAAAUUCUACAUUACGAGCUCAUAGUAUAACGCACUCGGAUUUGAGGCCGCACGCGUGCCCUCUUUGUGAUAAAACUUUUAAAAGAAAUCAAGAUUUAAAGUUUCACAUAAAUCAACAUACAGGUGCAAGGCCUUAUCAAUGUCCAUAUUGUCCGAAAGCUUUCGCGAGUUCUGGAAAUUGUUUCUCUCAUCGUAAAAGAAUGCAUCCUCGAGAAGUACAUCGAGAUAGACAAAGAGCAGCAGAUUUAAUGAGAUGAACCAUGGGUAGCCAAUACGAAGAAUGGUUUUAGAAAAAUAAAAUACUUUACGAUAUUAUCGUAUCCAUGUGUAUUAGCUAUUGUAAUGAGAAACAUGAGCUUUAAUUUUGAAUAUUAAUGGUGCUAAAACGCAAGGAGCAACGGAACUUUUGUAUACUUUAAUUGAGUCGUUUAAACAUAGUAUUAGGUACUUAUUGUUAUUGACAAGCACUUAGUUGUUUGUUCUUAUGGCGUAAUAGGUCUUCUUUACAUAUUAUAAAAUAGAAACAAAUAUAUAUUUUUCUUAAUUUUUUAACUUAUUGAUGUUAUCAAACUUGAUAUACUUCCAUUGUUGUUGAUGAAUUUAGUGAUUAUUAUUUAUUGACUCAUAUAUAGUACAAGUGAUAAUAACGAUAGGUUUUAAACUUUCUAGUUAAAAUAAGAAAUUCGUAUUUUUUACAGUUUAUCAAUAUUUAACUUGUAUACAUUUUCUUCUGCAUAUUUAAGGGUAGUAGUUAUAGACCGCCCUUGCUACCAUUCCUUAAAAACGAUUUUAUGACAAUGCGAUCGUUAAAAAAUUAUACGUAAAGUAAAAUUUUAUUUUACAUGCCCAUCGUUAAUGACGUAAUGUCGAACAUUAUUCAGUCGAAGAGCAGUAUUAUUCAAAUAAUUUUCAAUGUAAUACAAAUUAACCCAUCGGUAAUGAGCACAAUGAAGUAUUAAACUUUAAAAUUAAGAUUAAAGUGUAUCUUUCAUAAUUUGCGUAAAAAAUUGACUAGUAAAGAAAAUUUAGUAAACGUAAGAUAACUGUGAUUUUUUAUAAAUCGGUGGUAUAUUAGAAAAUUCAGUCAUAUCCGAUGGGUUUAAGUAUAUAUGUAUUGGAUAUUGUAGAUAUAAAACAAAAUAAUAAUAGUAACGUGACUACUUAUUUCCGUACGCUCAAAAUUUGGUCUAAAUUUGACGAAAUAUAAUUUUUUUUAAUAUUUAAAUACGAAUAAGGAAUUUACAAUAUUUUUUGAAACCUUGAACGGAUACUCUGUAUAUUGUAUGUGAUAUUUUUAAGCAACAUGUACUUAGUAUAUUUUCAAGAGACAAAAGGUACAAAGGGUUGGACGUUGAAAUUAUUUGAUAUUUAUUUCACGAUUGUUGUGUCACCGAAGGAACUAUUUUAUUUUAUUCUUACGAAUAACGUAAAUGGAUUUGAAUGGUGAUGAACGUUCUGAAAAAAGGAACGUGUUAUUUUGUCCAUAUAAAAAGAGCUGUUUAACGAUAUUUGAUAAAGUAUUUAUAUUUACGAAAUGAUUAAAAAAUGACCAAAGGCGAAAAAAAGAAAAGAACCGGAAAAGGAAGCAUUUCUUUAGGGAAUAAAAGUAGAAAAUUUUGUAGUUCGAGGCAUAUUUUUAGCACAAUACAUGAACAACAUCAUCAUUAAGUAACGUUAAGACUGUAUACGAAAUUCUGUGUCAAAUUAGAGUAAUUGCGUAAAUGUAAGAGAUUAGUAUACAAUAUCAAUGGCUGUAUGUGACGAAAGAUGAUGAGUCUAGUUUAUUCAAGAUACAGUAUUAAGUAUAAUGAAUAAUGUAGAGGUUGUAGCUACCGUUACAAACGAUCAUAAUGUUAUUCUUUUAAACAGAUAUACGAUUAAAGAAAAGUAAAUGUUAACUAAAGUCUGAGUAGCUUUUAGGAAACUUUAGAUAAGAAUUUUUAGAGAAGAAGUCAUGUAAAUGUAGAGGAUUAUAGCCUCUGCUUUCAUAUGUAUCGUAUACAUCGCACACGUGCUAGAUACUCCAAAAAAAGCGGAUGUUUGAUAAUGAACAGUCACAGAAAAAUGUACGACGAUCACGUAAUUAAGAAGUAGUACUUACAGACGGAAAAAACCGUGUGUAACUGCGUGCUACCAUUGCUAAAUUAGUGUAGUAGGGUGGCCAAGCUUUCGCCAUAAUGAAAAUGAAAUGGACCAAGAAAGAAUGGAAUAGUAUUGUAAUUAACACAUCGAAUUCAAUUUAAAACAAAUUUCAAUGGUCUUUUUCAUCGUGUAUUUAGCUUCGGUUCUAAGAUUAUUUCUUAAAUCAGAUGAUAUUUAAAAGUAUCUAAAAAUAUAUGUUUCGAUAAAAUAUUUUCUCACGUUUUAUACACAAAAAAUAUUUGAUAACGCGAAAGCUUUGACGAACAGCCACCCUAGCUUAUUUAGAGAUACAAUCGUAUAUUUUGCAAUUACCUUUUUGCAGAUGCUUGCCAGUUACGUAGUUAAGUAGACGAAGAUUAUUGGAUAAUUAUAUAUCCGCGAAAAUAAUCAAUUUUUGAUAGAAAGAAAAUGAAGAGAUGAUCUCGUUCUUACGGCUCAAUUUUUACAUCUAGCUUUUAAAGCAGGGAUGAGCAAAUUAUCUUUCUCCCUUCUGAAUUUCAUUUUAACCCUAAUACUGCCAAAUACAUUGCUUCCGGAUUAUGUUAUAGUUGUUGACAAUGUUAAACAGUGUAUUGUUAUGUAUUACGUUAAUUAAUUAUAAAAACAUCUCAUUAUAAAAUUUAAUUACAUUAUUUAUAAAAAUUAAUAUAAUUUAUAAUAUAAAUUAAUAUAAUAUAAUUAUUAUAAUUUAAUUAUUUUAUUUAUAAAACAUUAAUUAUAAAAAUCUUGUCUUAGUUAUUAGUGCUAUAUUUUUAAAUAGAUUUGCUCAAUUCUUGCUAUAAGGAGUCAAAAAUUGAGUAUUUUUUUAAAGUUCACUUAAUACAGAGGCGAUUAGCGUUUAAAUUAGCGAUUAAAACAAUAUCUCAGAAGUGCCAGUGAAGCAGUGAACUAACGUAGUGUAUUCCGGCAGACAAAUAUUGGAUAAUUAUAUGUAGAUUCAAGGUAUGAGUUGUCGAUAAUAUCAAUUGUGACACUUAAUAAAAUGAUUGUAUAAAAGGUCAGCAGUAAAAGUUUACGCUUUCAUUCCAUUAUGUUCUAUCCUUUGCUUAAUUAUCAUUUUCAUUUCAUAUAAUCAUCAAAUAAUCAUCCAGCAGGACGAACGCGAACUCGAAUAUAUUAAACGCGUUCUUUAUCAUUGAUUUUUCGCGAUUCAGUAAAAAUACUCGAAAUUUUACAGUUCUACUCGGUAAAACAAAAACUUGAUAAAAAAUUAAUCAUUCUUUGUCAUAGAUUUUAUCUCAACGUAUUAUCUUACGUCUCAUAUAACUACAUAAAAUUUCCUUAUCCUUUUUCCAUAUUUAUCCGUAUUUCAUAUUUACCGUAUUACAUGUAACAGGCGGAAACUUGCUUCCUUUAUCUAUACAUUAAACGAUAUCUAUUUUACAUUAUUCAUUCUCGUUCAUUAUUCAUUCGAUAUCUAUAUUACAUUCUUGUAUUUUACAUUAUAGUAAAAAAUUAUGAUAAUUGUAUAUGAAUUUGUAUUUUACCCUGAAAAUAUUCCAGAAUUUAUUGCAUUUCACAUGCUCAAUGAAAUGGAACUUAAUAGAAAUGCGAUAAAAUUCUUACAUAAUCGUAGCAAAUGUAUAGAAAUGGUAAAAUUCAAUCUACUUUUUCUAAUCAGAUUCGUGUAAGAACCGGCGCAUACUCGCCGCGUAAUCACUUUCAUUCGUUAGUCUGAACUUUUCGCCUUUUGUACUGCAUACAUCAUAUAUAUAUAUAUAUAUGAUGUAUGCAGUAUAUAUAUAUAUAUAUAUAAUAUGAGAUCAUAAGAAGACGUUGAGUCAGCGUUCAAAUUAAAUCGUCGUUAAUCACUAUUCUUUCUACUGCGUAUUAAUUAGGUAAAAACUAAAAAAUCGACGAGAAUCCGUUUUCAAUUAUAAAAUGCACUAAUCUGUAAGAAUAACGAACGAAUAAGAUUCUUUUUGGUUAAUGAUCGUCGAGCAUCGAAGAAGAACUCAUUUCACUGAUUAUUGAGAUUAACAGAUUAACAAAGAAAAAUUCAUGUGAAAUGUAAACGCUGAUAGAGAGAAAUUAAUAAUUAAAGUUAAUAAACUGAAACGUUUACAUUGAUAAGAUGAAACUGAAGUAACGAUCAUAUGACGUAUGCAAACUAUGUUAGCUCAGUUUAAUUAACCGAGUUAAACAAGUCAAACACUUAUAUAUCUACUUUAUCUAUAUAUAUAUAUCUACUAUAAUAUAUCUAUAAAUCUAUAAUAUAUCUACUUUGCUUUCAAUCUAGAGCCGGAAUGAACACGUAAAAGUCGAACAGUUCGAUAACUUUAUAAGCUUUAUAAGUCAGUCGUUAUCAAGCACAGAUGCAAGUCAUGCUACUGUUAAGAUUUCCUGCUUAUUCGAGUCAGCAUAAAAGCUCGUGGAUAAUAAAAUGUUAUAAAAGUAUAUUUAAUAUACAGUCGAGACAGACGAAAAAUGUUACAAGCCAGUAUACUUCUUCCUGUGAUCGUACUACUGGAUGCAUGUUUUUUAGAUGUUUUUUACGUAAUUACUCAAUUCAGUAGAGAACGUAUACUUUUGAUUAAUUUAUCAGAACCUUGCGUCAAUCUUCUUGAUCAUCUUACGAAAAUGUAAUUUACAGUAUAUCACGAUUUUGCAAGAUUUUAAAGAUGUGAAAGGAAUUAUUGCGAUUUAUUGAAAGAAAAAUUUAUUUCCCUCAAUAAAACACGUUAGAAUAAAUUCGUUAAGAUAGGAUAUUUUUUGUUCGAUAUUUGUCAUAGUGCAAAUAUUAAAGUUGUUUGGUCGAAAUAACAUGGAUAAGUAACUUGUGACUUGUUCUAUAAGUAUACACAUAUACACAUAUAAGUACAUAUGUAUCUGAAAAUCGCGACGGCUACAAUGUUGUAACUUGUAGCUAACAUCGUAAUGAUGGAACUUAAGGCGCAAUUAAAUUGAUAGAUACGAAAGGAAUCCAAGUUUAAAGUUGCAUCAUAGUGCACGCGAUCGAGGCGUUUGUUCCAAAGUUACACGUUAAUUUUCGAUGUUUAAAAAAAGUUUCCUAUCGAAGAAUGAACAGCUGCAAUGCUGUAUCAUUACGGCAAGGUCGUUGUGUACGGACAUGUUGCCCCUAACGAUAAGUUUGUGUUUAAUCGAAAGAUGCCUCGAUCGCCAUAAGUCUUGUGCUAUAAUUGUACUUUUCGUAGCAUGACACCGUUAACCGCGGUUCUAUCUUCAAAACAAGGAAAUGAUGCGAUACAAAUCGAAAAAGACAUACCCAAAAAAUCUUAUCUACGGGAGUGUUGCAAUUUGUUUUACAAUUUUAUCUGGUCUGGCUAACUGGAGAAGCGUCAGAAAUAGCAAUUCAUUUGACAUAAAUUAAUCUUUUAUCGAAACAAAUUGCAUAAUGUGAUAAUCUGUAAAUGUUUUCUUUUGAAUCGAACAGUAUUUGUAAAGUGAAUUAUGGACGUAAUUAAAUCAUAAACAGAAAUUACUUCUCAUUUUUCAUUUGUACUUGUCGAUAUAUAGAUAUUACUGUUAACUAUAAUAUAAUAUAAUUUGUAACUUGUAACUAUUAUAUUAUAUUACAGAUAUUAUAAAUACUUACGUACAUGCAAGGCAUCCCUGGAAUUGUGAUACAACCAAAGAUUCUCUUUUCCUUAUAAAGAAAUGAAUCGACAAUAUAUAAUAAAUUUUGUUUUAAUGAAGCUGUAGCUAAUCAAGAAAAUUGAUUUGGGACUGUAUGCAUACUAUAUCUUAAUUUUCACUGAAACUUUAUUCUAUAUUUUAUUUUAUACAAUUUUUAUUUAUAUAAUACAUAUUAUAUAAUUUACACUAUAUAACAGAUAAACAAACUUUACUCGCUUACUUAAAUUAUAACAUACAAUAAUCAUUCUACUAUGAACACUUGUAAAAUACAUAUAAAAGUUGUAACUCCUAUAAUUGUAAAAACUGCACGUCUGCAAUAAAAUUCUAAAAUUAC